GAUACCCGAAUCUUGACCUUAUCGUAGCACUAUCUGCCUACCUACCCGUGUGCCACUUGGGGCGUGUCCCCCGAUAACCACUUGAAGGCAGCUUUUCAAGCCGAAUUGCAGUCAUGUCUUCCGCCGGCAAUAAGCUAGGCAAGGGCUUUGCCUGGUUCUUUAACCUGAACCUCGACCCUUAUGGGCAAAAGGAAGCCGAACGCAACGACUCCCGACAUGCGGCUCAGUCUAACCCUAACGUCGAAUUGUACGAAGAACGGGACCCGACCACCGUUCAAUGGCUCGCCAGUAUUACGCCGACCGUCCGGAGCACCCGUCAUUACUUCUACCGCUUAUUCCCCUUCCUACAUUGGAUUACUAGAUACAAUACGACAUGGCUCAUCGGCGAUCUCAUUGCCGGUAUCACCGUCGGAGCCGUAGUCGUGCCUCAGGGCAUGGCUUACGCCCUGUUGGCAAAUCUUGAACCUCAGUAUGGUCUCUACACCUCCUUUAUGGGUGUCUUACUCUAUUGGUUCUUUGCGACCUCGAAAGAUAUCACAAUCGGGCCUGUCGCGGUCAUGUCAACGGUCACCGGUGGAGUUGUGAGCAGAGCAGAGAAAGCUCUUCCCGAUGUCCCGGGCCAUGUGGUGGCUUCCGCCCUCUCUGUUCUUAUCGGAGGAAUCGUAUGCUUCAUGGGCUUGGCGCGACUCGGCUGGAUUGUCGAUCUCAUCCCGCUGCCUUCCAUCGUCGCCUUCAUGACUGGAUCUGGUAUCAACAUUGCAGUCGGCCAGAUACCUACAAUGUUGGGCAUUAACAGCAAAAAGAAGAGAUUCUCAACACGCGAUGCGACAUAUAUCGUCAUCAUCAAUACCUUGAAGAACCUCAAAUACACGACGAUCGAUGCUGCUAUGGGCCUCACUGCUCUGCUCAUGCUAUACAUUGUCAGGGGAACUUGUUCGUACCUGGCCAAGAAGUACCCUCACCGAGAGAAGCUUCUUUUCUUUAUCUCUACGCUCAGGACAGCCUUCGUCAUCUUGUUGUAUACUGCUAUCAGUGCUGGUGUGAAUGUAAGCCGCCGCACUAGCCCUCUAUUCAGCGUACUCGGUGAAGUUCCGCGAGGCUUCCAACAUGCUGCCGUUCCCGAAAUCAACUCGACGAUUAUUUCCUUCUUCACCUCGGAACUUCCCGCCGCAGUUAUCGUCGUCCUGAUCGAGCACAUCUCUAUUUCGAAAUCGUUCGGACGUGUAAACAACUACGUUAUCGACCCAUCCCAAGAAUUGGUUGCCAUUGGUGUCACGAAUCUUCUGGGACCUUUUCUAGGCGCAUAUCCCGCUACUGGAUCUUUCUCUCGUACCGCCAUUAAGGCCAAGGCUGGUGUCCGCACACCGUUCGCCGGUGUUAUUACUGCCGUCAUCGUGCUUCUCGCCUUAUACGCCUUAACUGCUGUCUUUUGGUACAUUCCUCAAGCAUCGCUCGCCGCCGUCAUUAUUCACGCCGUGUUGGAUGUUGUCUCCCCACCAAGCGUGGUGUACCAAUUUUGGAGGAUAUCACCCCUGGAGGUCCUUAUCUUCUUCGCUGGUGUUCUAGUGACUAUCUUCGACACUAUUGAGAAUGGUAUCUAUACCACAGUUUGCAUAUCCUUCGCUGUUUUCAUCUUCCGACUAUUCCAAGCCAAGGGACGCUUCCUCGGCGUUGCUAAGGUUCGCACUGUUGGAGAUGUGAGGUAUGGCAGACAUUCAAGUGCAACCCAAUCCUUCUCUCAGGAAAAGAGCGCUACACCAACUCUUCGCGAAGCCGGUAUCUCGAGCGAGCGCAAUGUUUUUAUUCCAAUAGACCACGAGGACAACUCGAACCCCGCUUUACCAGUCACUCAUCCCUACCCUGGCGUGUUCAUCUACCAAUUCUCGGAAUUAUUCAACUAUCCCAACGCCACACGCUUCCUGGAUGGUCUUACCGCUGGAAUCUUCAAAGAAACCCGAAGAACUGAUCCGGCGUCUCUCGGAAAAUUGGGCGAUCGUCCUUGGAAUAACCCUGGUCCUCGCAAGGGCAAGAUAGUCGUUGACGAGACACAGCACUUGCCUACUCUCAGGGCAAUCAUUCUAGAUUGCUCCGCUAUCAACAACGUCGAUGUGACUUCCGUCCAAGCUCUAAUCGACGUCCGAAAUCAACUAGACAGAUACACAACACCCGACGUCGUCGAAUGGCACUUCGCCCACGUUAGAAACCCCUGGACCCGACGCGCCCUCGCCGCCGCAGGUUUCGGAUUCGGACAGCCCCAAAACCAGAACGCCGAGCCAGGCCGCCGCUGGAAGUCCAUCUUCAGCAUCGCUGACUUGGCCGACAUCGCCACGCCGCUCUCCAGCAACGGGGGCGAGAAGGCCGUCGUCGAAAAGCACGCGAGCGCCAGCGACGAAGAGAACGCAAUCCGCUCUGCCUCCAUCACCGAAGACGACAGCAACGUUCGCCAGAUCCCCGUGUACGGCCUCAAUCGGCCUUUCUUCCACGCAGACAUACAAGAGGCGUUGGAUGCCGUGUUAGAGAACAUCGAGCAGCGACCGCCUAUUGCUCUCAAGGCUUAAGCUAAGCCUUAUUACCUACCUGGUCUCGGGUCUUUUUAGGGACUGGGACGUGUUUCAUAUUAAAAAUACCUACUUAUACC